GCAUGCCCGGCCUCCUUUGCUUCUCGGUGUUCCCGGCGGCUGCAGCGUGCACUGAAGAUGGCGGCCGUGGCGGGAAGGUUGCUCCGGUCUUCGGUUGCACGACGUGUGAGUGCCAUUCCUUGGGGCAUCUCUGCCUCUUCGGCCCUUAGGCCUGCUGCUGCACGAAGAACAUGUUUGACAAAUGUAUUGUGGGCUGGUGCCAGUCAAGCAAAAUUUGCCUUUAGCACCAGUUCCUCAUCCUAUGCUCCUGCCGUCACCCAGCACGCGCCCUAUUUUAAGGGUACAGCCGUUGUCAAAGGAGAAUUCAAAGAACUAAGCCUUGAUGACUUUAAGGGGAAAUAUUUGGUGCUCUUCUUCUAUCCUUUGGACUUCACCUUUGUGUGUCCUACGGAAAUUAUUGCUUUUAGCGACAAAGCCAAUGAAUUUCAUGACGUGAACUGUGAAGUUGUUGCCGUUUCCGUGGAUUCCCACUUCACCCAUCUGGCCUGGAUAAACACUCCGAGGAAGAAUGGCGGUUUGGGCCACAUGAACAUCGCACUCUUGUCAGAUUUGACUAAACAGAUUUCCCGAGACUACGGCGUGCUGUUGGAAGGUCCUGGUCUUGCUCUGAGAGGCCUCUUCAUAAUUGACCCCAAUGGAGUCAUCAAGCAUCUGAGUGUCAAUGAUCUCCCUGUGGGCCGAAGUGUGGAGGAGACCCUCCGCCUGGUGAAGGCGUUCCAGUUUGUGGAAGUCCAUGGAGAAGUCUGCCCGGCAAACUGGACGCCGGAUUCUCCUACGAUCAAGCCACAUCCGACUGCUUCCAAAGAAUACUUUGAGAAGGUAAAUCAGUAGACCACCCCAAGUGCACCUGCAGCUUCUCGGAAGAACCACAGUUGGGACUCACUUUUAACAUUUCAAAGAUGACUAUCUAUAGAAGGCGAAAAACCAAUUAUGCUUGCAUUCAUAAAUGUUACUCUCAAUGUUAUGUUCCUGUAACAUUGGCCAAGGCUUUUUAAAGCAUGAUUAGUUACUAACAUGAAUCCUUUAUUGGUAACUUCUUGAUGGCUAGCUAGUUUAUAGAAUGCCUAGUUCGCCCAUUUCCCUGUUCAUAUCUUCAAUGGGAAACACUCUUUUUAGCCUUCCUGGAACUUUUGUGUGCACCCGAGUAGUGCCACAAGUAUCGAAAGCCUCUGAUCAAGGGUCCUGAAAUUUUCUUCUUGAAUUUCUUUGUAUUAAACUGAAUUUUCUUUUAAGGUCACAAAGAUCAUAGUUUUACCUUCUUAGCAUCAGCAGUCUAAUUAACCCUUGGAGUGAAUGUAUAUGUGAUUGAAACAAAUGUGAAUCAUGUUUUUACAAGAACACGGUGGCAAAGUGACUUAACUGAUCAUGCAUGUUCCUCUUCCCUGAGAUUUACAGUUUAUAUAGUUAUUUUACUUAUUUGUUAGCUGACUUAAGUGUCUGCAUACAUUUCUAGAUAUUGCUUGAGUAUAAUUUUAAAGGAUAUUUAUUGACUCCAAAGAUUGCAUUUUGAAAUCAUUGUAAUUAUAUUCUUUUCUGAAGCACUCAGUGUAAAGUAUAUAAUAAAAGCAUUUUAAAAUA